AUGGAGAAACCAGACUCAUCUUCCAUCACCUCUGAGCAGCAGCUGCAGGAGCAAGAGGGGAUGGAGAACACCCAAAUAGACUUGGCUGAGCAAAGUCUCAUCUCGUCGGAUAAAUGGCUUCAACUACAUGGGCUGAAGAGCAACAAGUUGACCUUGAAACAGAUUUUAUCACAAAUUGGAUUCCCACAUUGUGAAGAUUAUGUGACUUCUCUGGGGAGACUGGUGGCUUCUCGGUAUGCUGAUGGCCUGUUCCCACAGUUCUGCAGAGCCGAAGAUGGCAGAGUGUACAACUUGACGGCUAAGUCAGAGCUGAUCCAUCACUUUGUGGACUGCUUAACCCAAGUGGUGGAGAGCUACAGGCACCGGAUGGCCUGGCUCACCAGUGGGAGCCGGCAGGUGUUUGGUGUCAUCCUUGAGCAGUGCAUCACCAUAGUGUUGGAUGUUGACGACAUGUUGGAGGAGGAGCUUAAUCUGUGCCAAGCUGCUCUGGUAAUGGUCCUUCAGGAGCAGGUGACGCAAAUAAGCAAGUUCAACAUGAUACGCGGCCAUCUAGUGGUGCAGAAACGUGAACUGGGAAGAGCCGGGGUCAGGGAGGACGUGUUUCUCAUUUGGAAGGAGAUGGAGGAAGCCUGCAGCACGCUGGCGCAGCUCCAGAGGCUGGUGGCCGAGUCUCCCAAGUCCGAUGUGGACCAAAUAUCCUGCGAAGUAGAAUCAGGAGCAAUCUCUGUGGAGGAUGGUUCCAAUCCAGAGGACAAUUGGGACUCCAUGCAGUGGCUACAGAAAUAUGGCUUGAAAGCCCGGAAGCUGUCAUUUUACGAUGUCCUUGCUGAUUGCGCCUUCCGCCACGUUGAUGGAAUUGUUGAUAUAAAAGCUAAGCCGGAGGAUGAGUCUGUGAAGACAAGUGCAGAGACAGUCAGGAAGACAGUCCAUGCGAAAUACUGCAGCAGGUUUGUCCAUGCUCCCUGGAAGGAUGGGAGCUUGGUCCAUGUCCAUGUUACCAAGGAGAAGUGCCAGUGGUACAAUGAGAGAAUUCAUACGUUCCUGGCUCAGAUUGAAAGGAGAAUCAAAUGGCUACAAGAGGGGAGUCGAAUGCUCUUUGGAAAAGUACUUCAUGAUUGUGUCUGUGUCCUCAUUGAUACGUCUCACUCGAUGAAGGGCAAACUGGACUUGGUGAAGGACAAGAUCAUUCAGCUUAUACAGGAACAACUGAAAUAUAAAAGCAAAUUCAAUUUUGUGACAUUUGAUGCUCAGGCAGUUGCUUGGCAUGACAAACUUGCUGACAUUAACGAAGAUAAUUUGAACAGCGCUCAGUCCUGGGUUGGAGAUAUUGAGGCUGGAAGCUCCACAAACACUCUGAGGGCCCUGCAAAUUGCUUUUGCUGAUAAAGAAACACAAGCAAUCUACCUUCUGACAGAUGGGAGACCUGACCAGCCACCUGAAGUGAUUAUAGAGCAAGUCAAAGUUGCUCAGAAAAUUCCUGUUUAUACUAUCUCCUUCAAUUACUAUGAUGAGGUUGCAAAUGAGUUUUUGAAAGAGCUUGCUUAUUUGACUGGAGGAGAAUUCCAUUUGUAUAAUUUUGGUUGCAAGGAUCCAUAUUCUCCAGAGACUAUGCAGAAUGAAGAUCUGACUCUCUUAAUGAGGGAAAUGGAGCAGGGGAGACGUGACCUGGAGAAAAUGCAAGACCUUUAUUCGGAAUCAUUGAUCAUAGACUGGUGGUACAAUGGAGAAAAGGAGGGGGACAAUAACAAGCACCGAAAGGAAAUCUGUUCAAUGGUUUCAGCUUCUGCAAAACCUCAACCUGAUGUCGAAUCACCCAGAACCUCACCCCCGUCCAUGUCCAAAGCACAAUGGUGCCUUUCAAAUCCAAGGAUUCUGAGAAAGAGAGUCCUCCAUGCAGAACCUACCAAAACCAGCCUGCUCAGAAGCCAGAUGUCCACCCUCAAGAGCUCCACCUGCAAUGAAAGGAAGGAUGUCCACUCCUAUGGCAACAACUGGAGCGUCGCCUCCAGUGACCAGAGAAAGCCCAGAGAGGAAAUGAGGUUCCGCCUGCUGACAGAAGAACAUCUAGGUGACAAAUCAUUGGAAAGAUCAACUAGAGAAGGAAGCCAAAUUUAUGAUCAAGAUUAUUUAGAUAUCUCUUCCGAAAAUUGGCUCAAGACUCACAGCUUGGUUGCCCAAAAACUCACCAUCAUGGAUGCCUUGUCAGCGACAGCAGUCCCCCACAACCCCACCUACGUUCCAGUUCUGGAUAAACACGUUGUUUCCAAGGUCUUUGAUGAGGUGUUCCCGCUGGCACAUGUGUGCGACAACACAAACAAGAUGACGCUAAUUAACCCCCAAGGAGCGAAGCUCAACACCUACAAGCAGAAAGUCGAACAAGCCAUUAAGUCCUAUGAAAAGAGGUUGAACAGAAUUGUUUGGCAAGCGUUAUCUGAAGAGGAAAAAGAAAGACUAGAUGCCAACAAGCCGAUGCAGUACUUGGAAAACAAAGCAGCUUUAAAUGAGGCACUAGAACGGCUGAACUGGCCCAUUUCGCUGAAAGAGCUGUCACUGCUGGAGGAUGAAAUCUUGGUUGGGAAAAUGUACAUCCAGCAGGCCAUGGAACUCCAGGAAGCUACCAAGAAGGAGAAUGACCAGCAGAAACCACACGGAGGCCCAACAAAGAAGAGCAAGUCUAGAAAACUAGAUCCCCUCAAAGGCCAGAAAGUUAUUGCAAGAUGUGAUGAAAAUGGCUUUUAUUUUCCAGGGGUUGUGAAGAAGUGUGUAAGUCCCACCCAUGCACUAGUGGGCUUCAGGUAUGGAGACACCAAGGUUGUGCCCACCUCGUUCAUCACACCUGUGGGGGGCGCAAUGCCCUGCCCAAUGCUCCAGGUCGGAGAUUAUGUGUUUGCCAAAAUCAUGAUACCCCAGGGAUUUGACUUCUAUGUCCCCGCCAUUGUCGUGGCACUUCCGAACCAGGAUGUCCCCGGAGAUAAAUUCUACACCGUGCUAAAGUGCAACAACCGGAGAGAAUUUUGCCCUCGAAGUGCACUCAUUAAGAUCAGCCAGAACAAGUAUACUCUCUCUUGCUCUCAUAUAAAAUCACUCCAAGUUCAAGAUGAUCCCAAAUCGCAGGAAGAGGAGAAGAAGAAUUCUGCUUUGAGAAUGUGGCCGGUGAAACCAGCUGACAUUGGGGAUGUCAGCGAGCUGAAGCAGGACAGGAGGAGGAAGAAACCUGCCAAGGAGCUGGAAGCCCAGGAGAAGAUCUCCUCAGCUUUGGACAACUCUUCCUGUAACUCCCAAGAGUUCAAGCCCAAGGGACGCCCCAAGCCCAAGGUGGGAAGGGAGCGACAUCACUUAUCUCCGAAACUCUCCGACAUCUCUAGAGAACAGUACCUGUAAGACCAGACCCCAGUUUCCAGGCCAGUUUGGGUCCCAGUCCAGCAAGGACUCCCACGCUGUUAAGUAAUGCUGGCAUCCACUUCCCCAGAGAAGGUCCUUGGCCCUGUCCUUGGAGCCAGCCAGUCUGGCCAUCCUUUCCACCUCUUCACUUUGAGCAGCAAAGAGCUGCAAAGAGCUGACGACCGUCACAGAGCGUCCUUAAAGCAGUGUCAUGACAACGGUGUUCUUCCAGGGCUGCUGUUGUACACCUCAUCCACCCAACGCUGUGGAAGUAGCCACUCAGCUGAGGGAAGGCAGCCCUUCCUUCCUUCCACCUGCACCUUCCCUGUCUAUGACAAAGCUAAGCCUUUCUGGAUUGUUUUCUGUCAUCUUUAACCCAUCUCGCCUACCUGUUAGAGCUUAUUGGUUCUGGUCUUGCCUGACCAUUCUUGAUCCUAUUUUAUUUCCUGGUGCUCAGAAAAUGACAUCCAUUCUUCUGACAGAUUUCCCUCAUGCAGAACUUUUAACCUGCCAUCGGGUUUCCAAAUGUUUGGGAAGAUGGUGUCGUGACUGAGUCACCCACGCCGUGCUGCCCACAGUCUGGUUUGAGGUCGGUCAUCCCACAUGAACCAGGAAUUGUGUCACCCAAUGCUAAGCAUGAAAUUAAGACAUAGUCCCUGUUUUCUUGUUUUCUGAGCGUUUUUAUAACACCCUCCCUAAGUCCUUGUAUCUACAGUCUGUUGUGGGAACCUGCAACAGAGCGGAGCACCAGAAUAAAACACGUCUGUUGGAAAUGG